AUGUUUACCGAUGACUCCAAACUACAGGUCCCAGAAGACGCCUUCAGGGACCCACGGACAACGUCGCAGUGUAUCUUCCCAGGAGGAAACAACGGAACCGACCUCAGAAAGAGACAUUCUCCCGAACAAAGCUGCAGCAUCAAUCCCACGCAGUUUACACUCAUCACCUCUGUUUAUUUAACGUUGAGGUUGUUUAGUUCAGACCUGUUGAAGAAUCCCAGAAGUUACUUUUUUUUUUAACGUACCGCUAUACUCGUCAAACAACGGUCUACUCGCUGCUAGUGCUCCGGAACGCGAGGAUCCGUUCAUCUGCAUGACAGCGACGGUAAAGGGGUUUUCUGUCGACACCGCAAAGAAAUGGAUUCAGCAGAGGAGGAGCUGGAGCAGAUCACCACAUGGUUGACCGAGGAGGGAUGGGCUCCCGACUCCCCUAAAGAGGCUCAGCUGUGUUUUCUAUGGCGUGGCCUCCAGAGCACCAGAGCCUGUCUGAGCAGUGCGACCCGGGAGCAGGACAUGCAGCGCUCUCAACACUUGGCAGAGACUGCCGAGGUGCGGAAAUCCUUGGAGCAGAUCCGCAUCUUCACGGAGCAGAAAGACGUGUUGGCUCAGCAGAUACAAGACGAGAACGACCAGCUCAAGGACCAGCUGCGGCAGCUUAUGUCCCUUCAAGACGCCCAGACAAGCGAGGUGGCUAAAAUGCUGCAGCAGCAGGGCCUCACAGAGCUGAUUCCCAGCAGCCCCAGUGAACAGGUGGCAUACCUGCUAGUGGAGAGGGCCUCACUGCAAGAGACCAGUGAGCAUCCUACCAACAGCAACAGCUGGAUGAGUGCUGGAGACAGCAGCAGCAGCCCGCUGAGGACAGAGACACAGGUGUCCAACAGCAACGUACGACAGUCUCCCCACAAGGGGGCUCCACCUCACGGCCAUAGUCCCUGGAGGAGACUCUUAUUCGGACUCCACAAAGCUUCGCACAGCAAACACAGUUUUAUUCCAGCUGAGGCCAGACACUCGAGCGGCCAGUCGAGCAGUGUGGAGAAGCAGUGCUCUCGUCUGGAGCGGGACCUGGAGGAGGGCUCCCGCCGGCUGGCCAUGGCCCACAAUGAGAUCCGACGUCUGACUGAUGAGCUGGAGUCGGCACACUUGACCCAAAAGACUUAUGAGCCGGAGCUGCAGGCAGCGCAGCAGGAGGUGGAAAAACUCAAGAUGUGCGAAACGGUGGAACUGCGAAAGGCCAAAGAGCUGAACGAUCGUCUGGAUUUUGAGAUCCGAGUUUUGAGGAACAGGGUUCGCUCACUGGAUGCUGAAAAAAGUUCUCUGCAGCAGAUGGUUGUAUCUUUGCAGGAGGAGGUGGAGCAGGUAGAGUCCCACCUGCAGGAACGACAGCAGCAGAUCCACACUGUGCAGCUUCAGGCUGAGCUGGCCAAUGAGCUGGCUAAAUCGAGGGAAGCUGAACUGAAUCAGAGCAUCCAGGUUUGUAGAGAUUUACAAAAUAGCCUCGGUGCUCAGAAGAGAUGUAUUUUGGAGGAGUCACAGAUACAUUAUCUAAAGCAGCAUCUGGGUUUUUUUAAUCAAAAAGAGGCCGAUUGGAAACACCGUGAAAACUGGAAAGAGGAAAACUCUUUUACCAAAGAGGGUAAAGAGCAACAUCUGAACAAGGAAAACUCACCGAAUAAGGAGUUUGGUGAUGAUUCAGUCAGGACUCUAUUGUCGGGCCAAGAUGAGUGUGAGACGCUGAAAAAGGAGAUCUGUGAAACCCUCAAAUGUCUUGACAAAGAGCGCAGUAAAUACCACGAAAUGAAGGAAAAACACAAAGUCAAACUGUGUCGGGCCAAACAAAAGUUUGCUGAUGAAACCACGUGGCGCGACGAGAAGAUAAAAGGUCUCGAGCACGAGCUGUCCCUGUGUUCCCUUUCAUUAACCAAGGAGAAAGAGCUUGUGCUGAGUAUAACUGCAGAAAACGAGAAACUACUCGCUGCGAGGACGAGGUUGUUCCAGCAGCUCAACGAGGAGGAGCACAACAAGAAGGACACAAAUCUCGCUGCUGCUUCGUCCAAGUGCAGGGUGCAUUUUCUGGAGGUGGAAAACAAGAAACUGGGAGAGAAACUGAUCCAUAUGUCGAAUCAGCUGACCGCCCUGAAACGAACCGUACAGAGCCAGCAGUCACUUCACCUUGCUGAGGUAAUGGAAACAGGAACACCUGCUUUAUCUGUGCAUGUAGGCUGUGCCCUGGAGCUGCUGUUCUUCGUGUUGUUGUAGUUUCAAAGCUUCUUCAGAUCAGCUUCCUUCUGACUCAGGGUCAUAGGACUGAAAGCAAACCUGUGAGACUGUAAUGCCUCAGACGUCCUCAGGGGGUCUUCGAAGUUCUUCUGUUUCAUUCUCUUCGACACAUGAAUGUCUUUAACUUUAAUAUAUUAUUUGUUUUUCAAGAUAUUACUCUAGACCAAGCAAUAUAUU